CAUAACAUGUUACACCAUUAUCACCUAUAGUUCUUCCCUUCCCCACAAUGGCCACCAGUCAAUCCUUCCUGUCUCUGCUUUUCUCAGUUGCUAUCUUUUUGGUUCACUCUGAAAUGGCCAAGUCAAUUGAAACUUUUGCAAACAUCAGGAACCAGUCAGUGGGACAAACUCUGUCUCAAAAUGCUGUUGAGAAGCCUGAGCUUGUUGUCCAAAUGGUAGAAAGGAGUAUCAAUACUUCUAGAAGGGAGCUGGGCUAUUUCUCCUGUGGAACGGGGAACCCCAUUGAUGACUGUUGGCGCUGUGAUCCCAAUUGGGUUAACAACAGACAAAGGCUGGCCGACUGUACAAUGGGAUUUGGUCGAAACGCUCUUGGAGGUCAAAAUGGCAGAUUUUACGUUGUUACUGAUCCCAAUGACUAUGAUCCUGUCAAUCCACGCCCAGGCACUCUGCGCCAUGCUGUCAUUCAAACUGAGCCUCUCUGGAUUAUUUUCCAAAGAGAUAUGGUGAUUCAGCUCAAGGAGGAGCUUCUCAUGAACAGUUAUAAGACUAUUGAUGGUAGAGGAGUCAACGUUCAUAUAGCAAAUGGACCUUGCAUUACAAUAGACUCUGUGAGCAAUAUCAUCAUUCAUGGAAUACAUAUACAUGAUUGUAAACCAGCAGGAAAUGCAAAGGUGAGGAAAUCCCCCACCCAGAAUGGGUUUAGACCUCGCAGUGAAGGAGAUGGGAUUUCUAUUCAUGGAGGAAGAGAAAUAUGGGUAGACCACUGUUCAUUGUCAAGCUGCACAGACGGAUUGAUCGAUGCCAUUAAAGGAUCCACUGCUAUCACUAUUUCAAACAACUUUUUCUCACACCACGACAAGGUGAUGCUUCUAGGACACAGUGACUCCUAUAAACAAGAUGUUAAUAUGCAAGUUACUAUUGCAUUCAACCACUUUGGAGAAGGGCUUGUUCAACAAAUGCCAAGGUGUCGGCUUGGAUACUUUCAUGUGGUGAACAAUGAUUACACCCACUGGGAAAUGUACGCCAUAGGAGGAAGUGCAAACCCCACCAUUAACAGUCAAGGCAAUAGAUUCAUUGCCCCAAAUAGCCCAUUUCACAAGCAGGUGACAAAGCGUGAAAAUACAGCAGGCAGUGUAUGGAGGCAUUGGAAUUGGAGGUCACAAGGAGAUAGAAUGUUAAACGGGGCCUUCUUUGUUCCCUCAGGUGUUGGAGCAUAUUCAAUCUAUGCAAAAGCUUCAAGCGUAGAAGCAAGGCCAUCAUCUCUUGUGUCUUCUCUCACCGGAGCUGCAGGUGUUCUCACCUGCAGAAAAGGUUCCCGCUGUUAGCGGAAUUAGGUAAGACUUGGGACAUGUUGUCCAGAAAGCCUUUUUGACUUGGUAAUGUUUUCACAUAAUGUUAUCACCAGUCAAAUAUGGCAUCUUUGUGUCCUAAGAGAAAGUCGGUCAUGUGUAUAAUAUUAACCUUGGUCACUUUUUAGAGAUUGAUUGUUAAAAGUUUGUUUAUGUGGAUAGUUGUCUUAACUAUCAUGGACAAUGCAAUAGUAUUGUUGUUUUUCUUCUUCAUUAGAUUUAAAUGAAGAAGCUAGUGGACCCCUAUAUAGACUUGAGUGUUCAAGGUUUAUUGUAAGGGUGAAUAUUGUUUACUUGUACAUUUUCUCUAAUUUUUAUUUUUAUUUUUUCUCUC